AAACCGGCGCUAUGGGGCGGUGGGCCUUGGGGAAGGUUGGGAAGAAAAGUGUUCGCCCGGUGGAUUUGUCCGUUGGGUCGACGGAACGAAAGGGUGAGCAGGUAUAAGGGCAGACCUUGCCUUCGCGACUGGAUGAGACAUAGCAGUGCGUUCUUUGGAUGAUGUUUCUUCGCUGAGUUAUACGUCGUUGCUGCUGCCCGCUUGUCAUCAGACUCGCCCUGCUACUAACUGAGGCUUCACCAUCUCCGAGUCCUCUUCAAAAUACAUUUCCCAUCCCCACCCUCAUCAUGGGCAACGCGUUCAACCCCUCAGCCGGCAAGACCGGCGUUACCAACUUCAAUCCUGAAAAGGACAUCCCUUCUCUCGAGGGAAAAGUGGUCUUCAUCUCAGGAGGUACUGGCGGCCUAGGGGCCGAGUCCGCCAAAGCCCUUGCCGUCCACAACGCCGCGCACAUCUAUAUCUCGGGUCGAAACCGCAAAGCCGCCGAGACGAUCAUCUCCUCGAUCAGACAUAGGAAUCCAAAGCCAGAUGUGACCUUCGUGGAGCUGGACUUGUCGUCUCUAGCAUCGGUCAAGGAAGGUGUAAAGAAGUACUUUAAGCACGACCGCUUGGAUAUCCUGAUGUGCAACGCAGGCAUCAUGGCGCAGCCCGCGUCGUUGAGCAAAGAUGGUUACGAGAUCCAGUUCGCGACGAAUCACCUCGGGCACGCGAUGCUGAUCCACGAACUCCUGCCGGUGUUGCUAGCAACGGCUAAGAAACCAGGCUCUGACGUGCGCAUACUGAACCUAACGUCAUUGGGUUACGCAUUCCAUCCACCAUCGGGCAUAUCCUUCGCCGAGCUCUCCGCGCACAAGCCCAUGACCCGCCUGCUGAUGGGCGGCUGGGUCCGCUACGGGCACGCGAAACUCGCAAACAUCCUGUACGCCUCGGAGCUCGCACGGCGGUACCCACAGAUCACAUCCGUGAGCAUCCAUCCUGGGACUGUGUAUACAGAUCUCUGCAUCGGACAACCAUGGUAUAAUCGCUGGUUUAUUUAUGGGGCGUGCUAUCUGCAGGGGAUAAAACUCAUAUCGCCGGACCAGGGAUGCUGGAACCAGGUUUGGUGCGCUGCUGGAGCAAAGAAGCAGGAACUUGCUAACGGGAGUUUUUAUUUGCCUGUUGGAAUAGAGGCGUUUGAGACUUUGGAUAAGACGGCACAGAGUGAAAAGCUGGGGAAGGAGCUGUGGGAGUGGACCGAGGAUGUACUGGCGAAGGUUUAGGGAUGUGGGCAUUGCCAGCCGUCAUCACUAGGUUUGCUCAGGCGUAUUAUCUUUUUCUUGCGUCGUUAUUUUCAUAUAGAGUUGUACCAUUGCGAUAGCUUCUUCUUUCGUAGCGUGUAGAUUGCGCGUGAGAGCGAGAGGGAAGGCUUGGUGUGGACUGCGAGCUUGGAACGGCAUCUUACGCUGUCCCACAAAUAUUUCUAUUCGCUUGUGCCGCGCUUCCUCAAGGGU